ACGCCAGCUCGGGAGAUGACGUGGCUGGCCAACGUGUCCAGGAAGCUGCUCGGUUCGGUCAACAUGGCGUCUCAACAGGGAGAAGUUGAUGAGCUUUUUGAUGUAAAAAAUGCGUAUUAUAUCGGUAGUUAUCAGCAAUGCAUUAACGAGGCGCAAAAAGCGAAGCCGUCAAGUCCGGAGAAAGAGGUUGAGCGAGAUGUGUUUUUGUACAGAGCGUACAUAGCUCAGAGGAAGUAUGGUGUGGUGUUGGAUGAUGUCAAGCCCAGCUCUUCACCAGAGCUCCAGGCAGUCAGAAUGUUUGCGGAAUACCUCUCUAACGAGGCCAAAAGAGAUGCCAUUGUGGCGGAGCUCGAUAAGAAGAUGGCGAAGAGUGUCGAUGUAGCCAACACAACCUUCCUGCUCAUGGCCGCCUCCCUUUACUUCCACGAGAUAAACACGGACGCGGCCCUGCGCACCCUGCACCAGGGAGACAGCCUGGAGUGCAUGGCGAUGACAAUUCAGGUGCUGCUGAAGCUGGACAGGUUGGAUUUAGCUAGGAAGGAGCUGAAAAAGAUGCAGGAGCAGGAUGAAGACGCCACCCUGACUCAGCUGGCCACCGCCUGGGUCAAUCUGGCCAUCGGAGGAGAGAAGCUCCAGGAUGCCUACUACAUCUUCCAGGAGAUGUCGGACAAGUACUCCGCCACUCUGCUGCUCCUGAACGGCCAGGCCGUGUGUCACAUGGCACAGAACAAGUGGGAUGAAGCCGAAGGCGUGUUGCAAGAGGCUCUUGAUAAGGACAGCAGCCACCCUGAGACCCUCAUCAACCUCAUCGUGCUGACGCAGCACCUGGGGAAGCCUCCUGAGGUGACCAACCGCUAUCUCUCCCAGCUGAAGGACUCGCACAAAGGACACCCCUUUCUCAAAGAGUAUGUCGCAAAGGAGAACGAGUUCGAUCGCCUAGUGAUGCAGUACGCUCCCAGCGCGUGAGUCUCAGCCCGGCCAGGACCGCUGUCCCCUGGGGAUCGUUUUUCUGCUUUCUAAACGGCAGACAUUACUCUCGCUUCCUGUAUUUAACACAUGGAGCUGGUCGCUCAUUUUGCAGCUGGAGGUGGAUAAGAAAGGAAGUGUCCUCUCUUGUUGUCCCUGAAGUGAAGACGUUAAUUGGCUGUAAAUACAUGCAAACGGGACCCCAUUCCCUUAUGUCUGUCUGCUGCAAAGCAUCCUGGGAGCUGUGCGUGUUCCUUUUGUGUCAAUUUAUUUUGUCACCCUAAAAGACAAUAAAGGUUUGUUUUUCAGGGGGGUCCUGUCAAGUUGAA